CCUAAAAAAACCCAAUGCCUAUCUUUUAAAAUAAGACAACCCUAAUCUUCUUUUUUUCUUCUAGCCGCCAGCCACUUCUUCUUCCUCCAUCAGAUUUCACUUCUCCCUUCUUUGUUUCUACUUCUUCUAUUUUCAUGACAUACAUCAUUAAUACUUAUGAGAAGUACUAAGAUCAUCAUGAAACAAAGAGAAUUUUGACUAUAAAGUUGCAAGAUUAAAUCUAUGUUACACUUCUAAUCUUCACUUCCUUUGUUUCUAUUUAAUUUCUAAUAAAUCUGUUCAGUUUCAUAUAUUGUUCUUUUUUUAGAAAACUGAAAAAUUCUUCUAAAUCUUCACUUCCUUUGUUCAUUUUCUAUUUAAUUUCUUCUCCAUGUUUUGACCGUAAAAAUGUUUGGGUUAUACUUUUUUUCUUUUUUUUUUUAAAUAUGCAUUUAAACCGGCCGGGUUUGAAAACCGCCGAGUCACCGGUUUUUCCGGUUUUGUCCGGUUCACACCGGUUUGAUUACAUGUCCGGUCCAGUUAACGAACCAACUCGGUGACCCCUCCGGUUCAUGGUCCGACCGGUUCGACCGGCCGGUCCGGUCCGGUUUUUAAAACACUGGAUGUAGGUUGCAUGUAAAAUUCAGUUGGUACGGAUAGGGAAUCGUCGGUGGUUGUUAACCAUAGGUUAAAAAAUAAAAAUCAAAGUUUCAAAAAUUAUUACAAUAGAAAGAGAAAGAAUCGAUUUUUGACAUUGGCUUCGUAUAUAAGCCAUUAAAACCAUACAUACGAGAAAGAGAGGUUUAUAUUAAUUUCUCCAAGAACCUGACACAUAAACAACAACAACAAUAACAAAAACAAAAACACACGCACGCACACGAGAGAGAAGAGAGAGAGAGAAUUGUGGUGGGUGGAGCCUUCUUUCUUUGAAGUUCAGAAAGGGGUUUCUUCCAUCAUCAAGAGCUUAAUAACCAUGGCAGAAUCAAAUGAUUCCGUUUCAGUUGAUAUGGAAAAGAUCUAUCUUGGUGGAAAGGAGCAUCAUAUUCAAACUGGAUGUGGUUCUGUAUCUGUCAUAGUCUACGGGGAUCACGACAAACCAGCGCUGAUCACUUAUCCAGAUUUAGCGCUAAAUUAUAUGUCAUGUUUCCAAGGAUUGUUUUUCUGUCCAGAGGCUGCUUCUUUGCUGCUUCAUAACUUCUGCAUAUAUCAUAUUAGUCCUCCUGGACACGAGUUAGGAGCCGCUGCGAUUUGUAAUGAUUAUCCUAUCCCUUCUGCUGAAGACUUGGCAGAUCAAAUAGUGGAGGUCCUCAACUAUUUUGGGCUUGGUGCUGUGAUGUGUAUGGGAGUAACGGCUGGUGCUUAUAUCCUUACUCUUUUUGCAAUGAAAUAUAGGGAGCGUGUUGUUGGUUUAAUACUUGUAUCUCCCGUAUGCAAAGCACCAUCUUGGACUGAAUGGUUUUAUAACAAGGUCAUGUCAAAUUUGUUAAGUUUCUACGGCAUGUGUGGAUUGCUAAAGGAGUGCUUGCUUCAGCGGUACUUUAGCAAGGAAGUUCGCGGUAAUGUUGAAGUUCCAGAAUCAGAGAUAGUUCAAGCAUGCAGAAAACUGCUGGAUGAGAGAAAGAAAACAAAUGUCUUGCGGUUUCUUCAAGCAAUUAAUGAGAGGCCUGAUAUUACAGAAGGAUUGAAAAGAUUAAAUUGCCGUACACUUAUUUUUGUCGGGGAGAGUUCUCCUUUCCAUUCUGAGGCUCUUCACAUGACUUCAAAACUUGACAGGAGAUUUAGUGCCUUGGUUGAGGUCCAGGCUUGCGGAUCGAUGGUGACAGAAGAACAACCCCACGCAAUGCUGAUACCUAUGGAGUACUUUUUUAUGGGGUAUGGGUUGUAUAGGCCGUGCCACUUCAGCGAGAGCCCAAGGAGCCCUCUUAGUCCAUCUUGCAUCUCUCCGGAGCUUCUUUCUCCGGAAAGCAUGGGAUUGAAGUUAAAGCCAAUAAAGACGCGUGUUUCACUGCAAGUUUGAUAUUGUAUCAGAAGAAAAAAUAGUUUUAAUUUUUGUAAUUGGAACCAGUUUUUUUUCUUCAAAUUUUUUAAUUGUUUUGAGAGGAGGGAUAGAGAAAGAAAAGAGGUAUGGUAGAGUUUGGAAGGUGGUGUAGAUAAAGGGGAAUGGAGAGAAUACAUGAAAUAUAUAUUAAUAAUAAUAUUUUAGGGAGAUGUUGAGUUGAGUUGCCUUGAUUCAUUUGUAGUGUGUCUUGAAUAAAGGAAUCAUUGAGCUGUAUGUAUCUGUAAAUCCAAUUGGACUCUAGCUUUAUUUAUAAUAUUUAUGGCGACCAGCA